AUGGCCAUCGACAUGGACAAAGACGGAAAGGUUGGCUGCGCCUACUACAGCGUCAUCGACGAAGUCCUAGUGCUUGAGGAAGACAUAGCCAUGGGUGGCAUCGAUGCUGUAGACACCCUCCUGCUGCAGGUCCAGCCCACCUCAGUCAUAAUCCCGAACCGGGCGCCCAGUGAUUUGGUUGAGUUUCUCGAGCGAAAUGCUCAUCGAUACGAUGAUGACGAGGCCUCACGCAGAGAACAGGGCUCCUACAUUCUGCGUAACCUCGUCUCCGCGCAGUUUGACUAUGAUGCGGCCAAGGAAUCUCUGGCAAAAGUUGAUCUUGAGCCUCUCAAACCCGAUCCUCUCCACGUUGUGUCGUCAGAAGAGGAACCCGCCCAGUGUAUCGGCUCUUCUAGCCAUAACAGGCUUAUGCGACUAGCUGAGACGAUAAAUCUCGAUAGUUGCGGCUCCGUUGGUUGUGCCGGUGCAGUUCUGAAUGAUCUCGAACGUCGAAGAGCUGUUGAGGACCCAGUGCUGGACGGAAACGCGAGCACUGCCUUCCGGGUGAGGUCAGUCAAGAUGAACACGUUCACAGAUACCAUGAUUGUGAGCGCGGAUUCUCUGGUAUCUCUUCAGAUCUUGCAGUCGGAGUUGCACCCCAACCCCCAAUCGCGGUCUUCCAACAACUCUGAACCUAAAGCCAAAGAGACCCUGUCAGUAUCUGGUUUACUCCAGGCACUCGCCUGCUCCGCGCAGGGCAAGAGAAAGCUUCGGCAGAUGCUGCUUCGGCCAAGCACCAACCUCAAUCUAAUCCAAGAACGGCAAAAGACUAUCGAGGUCCUGCGACGUGCGAAGAACCAUGACUGCGUGAAGACCAUGCGAAUGCAGCUCCGGAAACUCAAAAAUACCAAAACACUACUGCUUAACGUGAGGAAAGGGGUUGAUCGGAUACGCGGUCAGCUAUCCAUCCGGACUGGCGACUGGAAGGCCUUGUUAAGGUUUGCGAUGGUAUCUACCCAGUUAAGGCAGGGCACCCGGUCUCUGGUGGGGGGAUCAGAGGUUGCGAUUUGCUCCAGGAUAUCUAACGAAGUUGAUGAACGACGCUUCUUGUUCAUUGGCGAGAUCAUCAUGCGAACCAUCGACUUUCAGCUAUCCAAGGAGAGCGGCCGCACCGAGAUCUUUCCAGGGAUAAGCCAAUAUCUAGACGAAUUAAAAAGGGAGUACUCGGACGCGUGCCGUAUGCUCCCUGACCUCAGAGACUCGGUAUCCCGCGAUAUCCCCAGAUGGGCGGCCGAACACAUCCUUCACUGCACCAUCAUGCCACAGAUAGGCUAUCUCAUUGCAGUCAAACUCGAUCCCAACACAGGGGAAGGAGUGUAUCAUGGGCAAGCCCACACUGAGGAUGAGUGGACCAUGUGCUUUGUCAGCGGAGACGUCGUGUAUUACAAGAACCGACUCAUGUUAGAUUUGGACUCCCAAUACGGCGACCUUCCCUCUCGCAUUGCAGACGAGGAGAUCCAAGUCGUCAUGGACCUUGCAUCUGCGAUCCUGCAGCACGAAGACGCCAUAAUCAGUGCUUCAGAGUUAUUUGGAGAGCUUGACAGCUUGCUCGCACUCGCCCAGGCAGCAGACAAAUAUAACUGGGUGGCCCCAACCAUGACGGUGUCAAACGUGAUUGCCAUCACAGAAGGCAGGCAUCCUCUUCAAGAGCUUCUGGUUCCAGCAUUCAUCCCUAACGACUGCAACAUGGCUGGUGGAUGCGGCAGCGAUGGCCCCCAGGGAGCUGAACUGCUAGUAAGCGGUGCCCGAAGAGGAGCGGAUCCCUCUUUGCUGAUCCUUACCGGCCCCAACAAUUCGGGCAAAAGUGUAUACAUGAAGCAGGUCGCCCUCAUUGUGUACUUGGCACAUACGGGGAGCUACGUCCCCGCUACACGUGCUACGAUCGGGGUAACUGAUCGCAUCCUAACACGGAUCGCCACGCGCGAGACGGUUGUCAACGAUGAGAGUGCGUUUUUGGUGGACCUGAAGCAGGCCGCCUUCUCGAUGAACUUUGCAACACGAAGGAGCUUGCUUCUGAUUGACGAAUUCGGCAAGGGCACGACGGCAGAAAGCGGAUCGGCUCUCUUUGCAGCGUACCUGACCUACUUUCUCGAUCUGGGAGCCGAGAGACCCAAGGUCCUGGCCGGAACACACUUCCACGAGGUAUUCGAGAACGGCUUUCUCAAAGCGGGAAAGGAUGUGGGAUAUGCCCACAUGGACACUCGUCUCGAUCCACACGCCAAGGAUCCCGAGGAUCAAAUUACUUUUCUCUACCGGCUCUUGCCUGGGAGAGGACCGUCCAGCAUGGGGAUCCUCUGUGCGGCAAUCAAUGGUGUUCCGCGUGAUGUAAUCAGUCGAGCCGAAACCAUCGUGGCUUUGCAAAACAGGAAUGAAGACCUUGUAUCAGCCUGCUCGGAGUCUCAGUCCGAGGAGGACAGACAGCGGCUGGCGCAAGCAGAGCUCACGGCGAGACGGUUUCUCGAAAUGCAGGUUCCAGUCCCAUCUCGAGGAAAGCAGCCAGAGGGCAGGAUCCGGGACAUGCUGCAAGAAAUUGACAUUGAGCAAGGAAGAGGCGGGGCACCCGUAAUGGUUUUUGUUGCCUGA